UGUCGCCAUAAAGUGUCUAGUUGUACAAAAAGCGAACAUGAAAUAACUCUCAAGUCACAUUUGCAAAAUAAAGUUGCACAUUGCGAUGACGCACAUGGCAACCUGUGGCCCGACGCCUUGCGUCGACAUCGAUCCAUUCAAUUUCACCAAAUCUACAUGCCACACUCCGAUGCCAGAACAAGUGUUAACAACAGAAUUAUCUCCGGAUCAACCGCAAUAACUGAUAAGGCCUGAAGCGUUUAACAUUCACCUUGUAAACGUAUCAGAAUUUCCCUUUGGCCACUAGUAUCACUACGUGUUGGUGUGUUCGACGCGGUUUUGCAUGCCGAUAAGAAGAACUGAUUUAAUUUAAUUACAAUACAUAUCUUUGGCCCAUUAGUUUAGAUUUUGAUACGAAUUUACGAAAUGAGUAAACAUUUACAAACUGUUGCAGCGAUGGCUUGCAUGAAAAGCUUGUUGAUGAUCUUCAAUUUUGUCUUUUGGAUAUCUGGUAUUGCUAUUUUGGCUAUCGGGAUAUGGAUGGAGGUGGAGCUUUACAAAUACAUGGAGAUGAGUACCGAAUUUUCCGGUACCGCGCCCUACGUUUUGAUUGGUACCGGAUCUCUUAUAAUUCUAAUUGGAUCUUUGGCUUGCUGUUGCACCGUGAAGGGCCAGCCAGUUCUUCUAUACGUAUAUGGUGCCUUUUUGGCGAUAAUUUUCGUCCUGGAACUGGGUGCUGGAAUUUCCAUUUUUGCUUACCGGAAUAAAUUAAAUGAAGGCUUCGACAAAGGUCUCGCUCAAGCUAUGGCCAACUACCGGAACGAUAGUACACACAUUGUUGCCGAUUUUGAUUUCAUGCAGGAAACACUCCAAUGUUGUGGGAACCACGGCCCCGAAGACUGGCUCAACUUGACUCCUCCGUACCCAAUWCCCCUUUCGUGUUGCAUAAACAAAGAAAAAUGCGACCCCGGAGUUAAGGAUCAAAUCUUUCACGAAGGUUGUUACGAGAAAGUGUUCAAUUUCAUGAAUGCUAAUAUUGGAAUCGUGGCCGGGGCAUCAGUAGGAAUAGCMUUUUUUCCAUUGAUUGGAGUGGUUCUGUCCUGCUGUCUAGCAAGUGUGAUAAACAAGGCUAAGUACGAGCAAAUGGCUUAAGAAAACCACAAAGAAAACUCAAGAUUACUUCAUGUGCUUGUCUUCARUGUUUUCUCUCUACGAUUUCUUCAAAUACCUAUUGAAUUUUAAGCUUCUCUGUGUGUAACUAAGAAUUAAUUACAGCACUACAUGGUUGUUAAACUUGUAUUGUUAUAAAGUGUCUAUUUUA